AGGUGUGUGUGUGCAGCUGCCAAAAGCCCAAAACCUCAUCGCUCUGGCCGGUCCACAGCUCACUCUCCACGGCGAUCCUUCCCCUCGGUCGCUCAAAGCGAGAGCCAAAGCCAACCCCUCCGGCGACUUUAGCGCCGAUCUCGAAGCCGGAGCCGACACCGCGCGAGCUCUCCUCGAUCGAUGCGACAAUGGCCUCGAUUGGCCGUCGCGUCCUCCUGCUAGCGCUGCUGCCGCCCCUCCUUCUCCUGCUCGCGCUCCGGCGCGCGGCGGCGCUGCCCGCGCCCGCGGUCACGUUCCCGGGCGACAAGGCUGCGCUGGCGGCGCUCAAGUCCGCGGUGGCCGCGUCCUCCGUCCCGCCCUACUCCUGCCUCGCGUCGUGGGACUUCGCGCGCGACCCCUGCGCGGCGUUCCCCUGCGGCAUCCGCUGCUACGCGCCAGCCACCGCCGCCAACUCCUCCUCCUACCUCCGCGUCAUGGCCGUCGCGCUCGACCCCGCGGGCUACGCGGGCGCGCUCCCCGCUGCCGUCCUCUCCUCGCUCCCGUUCCUCGCGUCGCUGUCGCUCGCCGGCAACCGGUUCCACGGCACGCUCCCGGAGGGGGUCCCGCUGCCGCCGGCUCUCCGCGUCCUCGACCUCUCCGGGAACGCCUUCUCCGGCGCGAUACCGGCGUCCCUCUUCACCGCCUCCUCCGGGCUGCAGGAGCUCUACCUCUCCGGGAACGCCUUCUCCGGCGGGAUCCCGCCGCAGCUGGCGCUCCUGGGCGCCCUCGCGCGGCUGGAGCUGCAGCACAACGGCCUCACGGGGCCCCUGCCGCGGCAGCUGGGCGCGAUGCGCGCGCUCUACCACCUCGACGUCAGCGGCAACGCGCUGUCGGGCCCGCCGCUCGGCGCGGCGCCGGGGCUGCUGCCGCCGUCGCUCCUGUCGUUCGCGGCGCGCAACAACUCCUUCUCCGGGCCGCUGCGCGCCGCGGCGCUGGGCGCGCUCCCCGCCCUGCGGGUGCUGGACCUCACGGGCAACACCGUGUCCGGCGCGGUCCCCGGCGCCGCGCUCGCGCACCCGGCGCUGCAGCAGCUGCGCCUGGGGUCUAACCGGCUCGACGCGGUCGAGGAGGCGCCCGGCGGCGGGUCCGCGAGCCAGCUCGUCGAGCUCGACCUCAGCGGCAACCGGAUCGCCGGGCGGCUGCCGGGCUGCCUCGGCGCGAUGCCGCGGCUGGCGGCCGUCGCGCUCGACCGGAACCGGUUCACCGGUGGCAUCCCCGACCGGUACGCCGUCCGUGCGGCGGCCGAGGAGGCCACCGACCAGUGGGUGCCAUUCGCCAGGCUGAUGCUGCAGGGGAACUAUCUCUGUGGAGCGCUGCCGAGCCAGCUGAGGCAGCUCAAGGAGGGCGGCGCAGCGGUGAGCCUGGCGGACAACUGCCUGCCGAGGUGUCCGCGCAAGUUCUUCUUCUGCCAAGGGGCGCCGCAGAAGGACCACGCCACGUGUCCCAAGUGCGAGACUUCGUUCCACCGCGAGGACGCUCUGCUGCGGAUGCCCUGACUGUAAAUACCGCGCUGCCACUAGUUUCGUUGACUUACAUUUAUGAUCGCAUCCUGAAAGUCUGCAACUCCAGGCGCUUGUACGGAUUACCCAAAGAGCUAGAGAAGUAGUGCAAGCUCUGCAGAUGAACUGAAUGUGCUGCAAACCAAUUGCCUGGCCUGUUUGAGCUGAAUAAGUCCCUGUCAGUCUAUCACCAACA